AUGUAUAGGUGGCCGGAAUUGCAGUUUGGAAGCUGGAACACGUCCGGGGUCGCUCAUGGAGCCCGAGAAACGGCUUCGGUGGUUCAGUUGGUUGAAGCCCUUCAUAAUGAUGCAACCCGUGAACGUGCUCUCCAUCUUCUUUCAAAGUCGGCCCGUAAUGCCUCCCUUCAUUUGCUUGCCCCCUUCCAGCUCAGAAUGCCUAAUGCCUAUUAUCUAGUUCUAGAAGCUAACCACCAGAAGCUCACCCUUCGGGUAUGGCUUCCAGCGCAGGAGGCCAAGCAUUCUGCCAGACGUCCCGGCCUGGGAGCCCCGUUAGAUAGGGCUAUUCGUGAAGAAUUGGCGCCUGUGUUAUGGCACUCUGUUGGUACAAUCUCUAUACUUCUACAGGAAAUAAUUUCAGUAUACCAUUCGCUAUAUUCACCAAUGCUUACUGAAAGAGAGUCAAAUCGGGUUUGCGAUGCCCUUGUUCUAUUUAAGAAUAUAAUAACAGUGUUGGAGGUGAUCAAGCAUAAGGCUUUGAUCACUCUGACUUCCCCCAUGCCACUUGCCAGCUUACACAAAGUGAUUUUAGGUGCAACCAGAAAGGCUAAACUACCUAUAUAUCUUUACCCCUUUCUGAACAACACGAACAAGGACAGGGCUCAUGAAUUUUUAAGGCUUACCAGCUUAGGUGUGAUUGGUGCUCUAGCCAAGGUUGAUGACCCAAAUGUCAUUAACUUUCUUCUAGAAUCUGAAGUAUUUCCUUGUUGCCUACGCUGCAUGGAGGUGGGCAACGAGUUGUCAAAAACAGUGAGUGCCUUGACUUCGAACAUUGCAUACUUCAAAUUAGUUGCGUCAACUGUGUUCCAGCAUUCUGUUGCAUACUUGCGGCUUCUGGGCUCGGAAAGAUUUUUUGCCUUGGUCCGAGUUUUAGGGAACAUGGUCGAAAAGCUUGUUGAAGAGGGAAAGCUAGCUGAAGAUCACUCCAAACGGCUUCUAAAACACAUAAUUUGGUGUUAUCAUAGGCUCUCAGAAAGUCCAAGGUCAUGCGAUGGGUUAAGAUGCUGCCUCCCUGUCAUUUUAAGCGAUGCUGCCUUCAUUGACAUGUUUCGUGGUGAUCCAUCUGCAAUGCAACACCUGCACCAGUUAUUUCACAACGUCAGCGACAGAACCUCUAGAGCACAACAGAUAGAGCAGCUGAUUGGAUCUUUAGUUAGAGGAUAG